AGAGAGAGAGAGAGGUGUUUGACUAUCUGUGCAAAGGGAAGAAAGAUGGGAGCUGAAGAAGAAAAGCAAAGUGAGGUGGUAGUUGAGGAAUCAAGACCCAGGCUCCAGCCUAUGACGGAGGCGCAGUUCCUCUCAUGGAAACGCCACAAGGAUGCUGAUGUAUCAGCCAGGAAAGCAGAAGCAGCUAGGAAACGUGCAGAAGAUAUAGCUGCAGGUGUAGUGCAAAUGAAUGGUCGGGAACUUUUUUUGCAUGAACCUUGGGUGUUUGACAACGAUCAUUAUUGAUUUGUGUACCAAGGAAAUGUGGUUAACUACCAGUUUCCCGUUUCUAGUUUAAAGGUUGAUUGGUAAGAGGUACUCUAUACACUGGCUGGUAAAUGUAACUAUGAUAAUUAUCAAGUAUUCAACUUGUAAAUUUUGAGCCAGUCCUGUCAA